AUGAUCUUCAAGUACAUCCAGGAGCCAACAAUCGGAGCUUUAUUCCGCUCGCGGGAUUCGCUGAUUUACUUGCACAGGUCCAUGAGUCAAUUGGGAUGGAGACUGCCGCCAAGAAGUAAACCCUUCUGGUGGCUUUACUACCUCUGGUGCUUGGCGGUCAUAGUACUCGUCUUCAUCUUCAUUCCCUACGGACUCAUAAUGACGGGAGUGAGGGAGUUCAAGAACUUCACGACCACCGAUCUGUUCACCUACGUUCAGGUGCCGGUCAACACCAACGCCUCCAUAAUGAAGGGCAUCAUCGUGCUGUUCAUGCGGGGAAGGUUCCUCCAGGCCCAGAAGAUGAUGGACCAGAUGGACGUCCGCUGCACCAGGAUGGAGGAGAAGGUGCAGGUGCACCGAUCGGCGGCCUUGGGCAACCGAGUGGUGGUGAUCUACCAUGGAAUAUACUUCGGUUACCUAACCAUGGCCACAACAGCAGCUUUGGUGAUUGGAAAGACUCCGUUUUGCCUGUACAAUCCACUGGUCAACCCCAAUGAACACUUCUACUUGGCCACUACAAUUGAGUGCGUCACAAUGGCCGGUAUUAUCUUGGCGAACCUUAUUUUGGACGUCUAUCCAAUCAUUUAUGUGGUUAUAUUGCGAACCCAUCUUGAGCUCUUGAGCCAGCGAGUCAAGAACCUGCGAUCCGAUCCGGACAAAGAUGAUGAUCAGCAUUAUGCGGAGUUGACGGAGUGCGUCAAGGAUCACAAGCUGAUAGUUGAAUAUGGAAACUCGCUGCGUCCCAUGAUCUCGGCCACGAUGUUCAUUCAGCUGCUCUCCGUCGGACUUCUUUUGGGUUUGGCAGCGGUGUCCAUGCAGUUCUACAAUACCAUAUUGGAGCGGGUAGUCUCUGGGGUCUACACCAUCGCCAUUCUUACCCAGACCUUUCCCUUUUGCUAUGUCUGUGAGCAGUUGAGCAGCGACUGCGAAUCUCUAAGUAACACAUUGUUCCACUCCAAGUGGAUCGGAGCUGAGCGGCGAUAUAGAACCACGAUGCUGUACUUCAUUCACAAUGUCCAGCAGUCGAUUCUGUUCACAGCUGGCGGAAUAUUUCCCAUUUGCUUGAACACCAAUAUUAAGAUGGCCAAGUUCGCUUUCUCCGUGGUUACCAUUGUGAAUGAGAUGGACUUGGCAGAGAAAUUGAGAAGGGAGUAGGAUGGAACUAUUUUAUCAGUUAGCUUGAAGUAG